UGUAAAUGUUGUUCGUGUACUUUCCUUUCUCAACCUGUAGUCACCUACUCUUUCGGGAACCGGCGUUUCGCUUGCUUGCAAAUGUCUUGUAUGAAGCGAAUAGCUCUAGGUUCCAAGCUGGACGGAUAGUGGGGGCGUUGCCUGAAAGUGUAAGGUCCACACAGCGGCUCUUCUCAGCAAGGAACUUAAAAAAUGUAAUGUACUAGUUCAGUAGAGACAGAAGAAAAAUUGUAAGGUUAAAUGUAGAAUCUUGCGCAGUAAAGUUAAGUGGAUGCUUAUCUUCUAAGACAUUAGCGAAUGACAUGUUAAAAUCUCCUAAACUGCCGGGUGUAUAAAUGCUUAAUGUCUUGUAGCAAGUUAUGAAAUCCUAAUCUACUUUUAGUUUUUUUCGUUUAAAUUAAAAAUAACCCUGACUGACACUUCUUGUAAACCACUGUUUGAGAAGGGAAGACACUUUCAACACUACGGAAGCGCGAAAGGUACAAAAGCCAUCAACCAUAAAAUUCCAGCAAUUUAAAAUGCCUGUUUACUUCAGAAGAAACACGGACUCUGCGCUGAUGAUAACAUGUCCUCUAUAAUAUCAGCUAAACAGAAAAUAAAUGGAGUGGACUUGUUUUACCAACAAACUGGAAGAGGACAGCAUGCUGUCUUGCUACUUCCUGGAGCAUUAGGAAGUGGACAGACUGAUUUUGGCCCUCAGUUGAAGUCUCUGAACAAAGAGCAUUUCACAGUGGUGAGCUGGGAUCCCAGAGGGUAUGGACACUCCCGGCCGCCCCAGAGAGACUUCCCCCUGGAUUUUUUUGACAGAGAUGCCAAAGAUGCCGUGGACCUGAUGCUGGCUUUAAAGUUUAAGAGGUUCUCUUUGCUGGGCUGGAGUGACGGUGGAAUCACUGCACUGAUUGCAGCAGCUCGAAACCCCUCCCUCAUCAACAAGCUGGUUGUCUGGGGAUCCAAUGCUUAUGUCACAGAGGAAGACCUAAAGAUUUAUAACGCGAUCAGGGACGUGUCCACGUGGAGCGAGAGGAUGAGGAAGCCCAUGGAGGACAUGUACGGGGCCCGGGACUUCGCCAAAAUCUGGGAGGCCUGGGUGGACGGCAUCAGCCAGUUUGCCCAGAGACCCGACGGGAGCAUCUGUCGAGAGCUACUUCCUCUUAUCAGCUGCCCUACCCUGAUCGUGCAUGGAGGGAAGGACCCCAUGGUGCCUGGCUUCCACCCUCAGUACCUCCUGCAGCGCAUCCGGGGCUCUCGACUGCAUCUGAUGCCGGAAGGGAAACACAACCUGCACUUGAGGUUUGCUGCCGAGUUCAACCAGCUGGUGGAAGAAUUUCUCGGUGACUGACAAUAAUAAUCUGAAAUUAUAUGCAGAAGAAUCAGACUCCCAUCAAAAAUGUCACAGUAUUUCAUUUCAUUGAGUUACACAAUUCUGAGUAUGACCUUUCACUGUGAAA